GAUCUAACCAAACACAGCCUAAACCGUGCCGCCACAAAACCAUCUUCCCUCUUCUUCUUCCUCACUGAGUUUUCAUUCAAUUUUCUUCAAUCGAAGACCAAGCCAGCAAGAAAGAGCUUCGAAAAACCAGAGAAAACAAAUAUAUACAAAACCGAAACAGAAAAAUGGAAUACAGGGAGAAAAUCAAACUCGGAUUCACUAUCGCUUGCCUUACAGUCAUCUCCAUCUUCCUCACCACGCAGUACCGAAAGCACCGAAAACAAAAACGACAAUCUCAAACCACUACCUGUUACCUGAAAACAGAACCAAAGCCUCAGAACUCUUUCAAGCGAGUCUUGGCCGACAACUCCUACUCCCCAUUCAAGCACCUCAACAACAAAGAGUGUAAUGGACAUCCGUAUAAGACGGAAAUCGAGGCUUUGUUGAGGAGUCCUCGAGUCGAAUUUGACGAAGGAAAUGUGGACUUGGAGUUGAAGGAGUCGUAUGUUUGGAUUGAGACUGAGUUUCAGUUGGAGGAACUGGUUGGUGUGUUGAGUAAAGAAAGAGUUUUUGCUGUUGAUACUGAGCAGCAUAGCUUGCGGUCAUUCUUAGGGUUUACUGCUCUUAUACAAAUAUCGACUCGGGGAGAGGAUUAUCUGGUGGACACAAUAGCUCUGCACGAUGUUAUGGGAAUUCUUCGUUCCAUUUUUGCCAAUUCUGCAAUUUGCAAGGUGUUUCAUGGGGCAGACAAUGAUGUUCUCUGGCUGCAAAGAGAUUUCCAUAUUUAUGUGGUUAAUCUAUUUGAUACUGCAAAGGCUUGUGAGGUGUUAUCAAAGCCCCAAAAGUCCUUGGCUUACCUACUCGAAACCUACUGUGGUGUUGCCACAAACAAACAGUUACAGCGUGAAGACUGGAGGCAGCGUCCUCUGCCAGUAGAAAUGGUGCAAUAUGCUCGAACAGAUGCACAUUUUUUGUUAGAUAUCGCACGUUGUCUUGCUUCCGAGCUAAUGCAACAGGACAGUGAAAAUUCAGCUUGUCCCGAUGACAAAUUCCGUUUUGUUCUCGAGGCCAGCCGGCGCUCAAAUGCAAUCUGUCUGCAACUUUUCUCCAAAGAGAUUGAAGCUUUUCCAGGGGAGUCUGCUGCUUCAUCAAUUAUGUCGCGUAAUUUGAAUGAUCAAGGAGGUCUUUCACCACACUGUCAGGACAAGCAGUUUCAGGAUCUUGUGCAACGGUUGUGCGCCUGGAGGGAUCUAAUGGCGCGCAUGCAUGACGAGAGCUUGAGAUGUGUGUUAUCAGACCAUGCUAUUGUUGCUCUUGCACACAGAGUACCCACAGCUGAGACAGAAAUAUAUGACACCAUAUCCCAAGCUGAUCUAGACAAUGAUUCCUUGAAUCUCCAAUCUCCAUCAUCUGUGAUUUGCAGUCAUUUGGAAGACUUUGAUUAUUUGUUCCAUGACGAUAUGAACAACUUGGAGGAUCUUUUUCUGCUGAUUCUUCAAAAGCACUUGGGUCCAAAUGGGAGCUGCCCUCUGUCUGUUUAUAAUUAUGCUCUGUUAUCGAGAACUAACCUUAAAUUAACAAAUAUGUUGGUUUCAAAGAAAAAUGGAUUUGCCAGAGCAAAACAAGCUGGUAAGAAGGCAUCUCGACAACUAUUUGUUCAGAAAUUUUCCUGCAAAGCUCCCGUUUAUCAUAACUGUAGGAUCUAUGCAAAUGAUGGACGUUUACUAUGCUACUGUGAUCGCAGAAAGCUUGAGUGGUAUCUUCACAGAGAUCUUGCAAAACUUGUUGAGGAGGAUCCACCUGCCAUAAUGCUUCUAUUUGAACCUAAAGGUCGUCCAGAAGAUGAGGGCAAUGACUUCUACAUCCAGGGCAAGAAAAAUAUAUGUGUUGGGUGUGGUGAAGGAAAUCACUAUUUGCGCUACAGAAUAAUCCCAUCUUGUUAUAGAAUGCACUUUCCGGAGCAUUUGAAAAGUCAUCGUUCUCAUGAUAUUGUAUUACUUUGUGUGGACUGUCAUGAAGUUGCCCAUGCUGCUGCUGAGAAGUAUAAGAGACAGAUUGCUACAGAAUUUGGAAUACCACUUUUUGUUCGUAAAGUAGUUGAUUAUACACAAGAACAAGAUGUUUUUGGGUCAUCUGCUACCGUUGAGGAGGCAGGUGUUUCUCCUCUGCAGUUGCGAACAGCUGCUAUGGCUCUCCUUCGCCAUGGCCCAAGAAUGCCAUCCGAACGCCGCGAGGAAUUGAUGCAGAUUGUAUCAAAGUAUUAUGGAGGGAAGGAAAUAUCCAAGGAAGAUCUGGAAAAAGCUUUGCUAGUUGGAAUGAGUCCUCAUGAGAGGAGACGACUUCGGAAAAAGAAGGGGUUGGCAUUAAAGGAGACUAAUGGGGAUGUUUUUCCGGAGGAGGAUAGUCGUGGUGACAUGGUAAUGUGUGCCACUGUAGAUGUAUCAAACACAUAUACUAUAAUCGGUCCACAUGCUUAUACUGGAGAAAAUUGUAGCAAAGAAGGCAGUAACCUUAUGAUGGCUGAGGAUUUGGAUGUAAGCGGCCUCUCCUUGCGUCCUGAUUCAGAGGUUAAUGGAGAAAUAUUGAAUGCCGAUAAUGGUGACAUAAACCUUGAUGGAACUAGAGUUUCUGAAAGUAAAUGCGUAUCCAUUAUGGAUGCUUAUUUCAAUGAAAGUGGCGGUCCAUCAAGUGGGACAGUAGAUUUAGUCCACCAUAGAACUGAAGGAACUAUCUUACCUAAACACAGCUCAAAGCUUUCACUACUGGGACAUGGACCACAUGGAAAACAAGUAGUGGAUCAUCUGCUGAAAGAAUAUGGGGAAGAUGGAAUUCGACAGUUUUGCCAGAAAUGGAGACAAGUUUUUGUUGAAGCCAUUCAUCCCCGUUUUUUACCUGCUGGCUGGGAUGUAAUGCACAGGAUUUGAUUUGAGACAAUUUUUGCCAGUGGUAGAAGAGACUUCGGUGAUUUCAGUGUAUACAAUCCUGCCAAGAGAGCUUCAGCUGCUGCUACGAAUUAGAGCAAAGAAUCAAGAUACUACAAACAGAUCCGCUCAAACAUGGAAAGCCCGAUCAGUCAACUUCCACACCUCAAGCAUCCGAGUAGCAGCCAAGUUCAAAGCUCCUAGCAAGUUGUUUUGCUUGUUUUUGAUUUGCUUGGGGAGAAAUUUGAGUCUAAGGCUCCCUUUUUGUUGUGUGAUAUUCGUUUGUUUUUUCUCAUAGUUUUGCAUCAUGUGAGAAGGUGAACAAUCUGUGACCUUGACACGAAGGUGGCUCAUCCAUAUGCAUUUAACUCCAGUUAAAAAGCUGUAAUUGCAAUUCCCAUUGGAUUGAUUACUUUUACAACUAAGAAAAACGUUUGCUGAAUAUUACAAGGCAGCAAGUUGGCAAACCACCAACA